CCCUCCCCGCGUUCGCUCCACCAAGCAUCCCACCAUAGUCAUUAACGGCCCGACCAGAAAAGCUAUAGAGCAGUCCUACAGACCUACCGUGGGAUUCUAACAAGAUGGCAAGUAGAAUCGCUCCAAGACGAACAUUCUCGUCGACCAACAUGCCAAAAGACGUUGUCUUUAGGCCUCACGAGGGCAAGUUUGGGAUUGUCACCGGCGGAUCAAGAGGUAUUGGAGCAGCGGUCGCUCGCAACUUGGCUGCCAAAGGGUGCUCGCUGCUUCUUGUUUAUACUUCCGACUCGUCCACCGAACCUACCAAAGCUCUCUGCGAGGACCUCAGCAACGAGUACGGCAUUGUCUGCAUUCCUGUCCAAGCCGACUUGUCAGAACCUACUCGGGCUGCUCCUCAUAUCGUCUCGACGGCCAAGAACAACUUCUCCCAUCCUCGGACCGGGGCAUUCCAGAUCGACAUCAUUAUCAACAACGCAGGCAUCGCCGGCAACAAAUUGUUGAACGAUCCGGAGCUGGGACCUAUUGAAGAGACGCAGUUCCAUAAACAAUAUAGUGUCAACGUGCUGGCCCCUCUCCUGCUCGUGCAAGCAUGUCAACCGUACCUGCCAAAGGACCGAUCCGGUCGGAUUGUGAACGUUUCGAGUGUGUCUGCAGCCAUUGGUUGUGAAUCACAAUCAAUAUACGCAGGCACCAAGGCAGCUGUUGAAGCAAUGACCCGGGUUUGGGCUCGCGAAUUGGCAGAGAAUUGUACCGUCAAUGCGAUCAAUCCAGGACCUGUCCAUGGAGACAUGUAUACCCAGGCAGGAGAGACGUUCUGGAAGAUCAAUCAGCAGUAUGUGGAUCAAGCUCCUCUGAUGAAUUACAAAGGCGGUGAUCCUGUGAUCCAAGCUCGCGCAGGUGGCGACCCGGAGGAAUAUGACAAGAUGGUACUGAAGGGUAUGGGUGGGAAGAGACCGGCAUUUACAGACGAGAUCGCUGGUGUGAUAGGAAUGCUUUGUGCAGAGGAGAGUGGAUGGACGACGGGCAGUGUUAUCUGUGCCAACGGUGGCAUGAAGAUGUCCAUAGCAUGAAUUCGCGUGCAGCCGAACAGGCGUGGGCUUGAUGAGAUGCGUAUCAAGUUGGUCAACGAAUACCAGUAGAAAGGUCAUGGAGUUGAACAAGCCGAAUAUAGAACGUAGAAUGUACAGAAUGUAGCAGCCGCGGUUUUGCCGGCCGCAUUUUCCACCAAA